CACUUUUUUUGGUUCAGUUUUUAUUUUCCUUCCUUGGCUUUCUCUUUCUCUUUCUCUUUCUUCUUUCCCUGUAAAUUCUGCUCAGUUUUUUUCUUAGACUUUGAGCUUCUUUUACUUGUAUUAUUUAUAUCACUUUUUUUUUCGUUUGCAGUUCUAUUCUCCGUUUCUAUUUUUACAGUUACGCUUGUUCCUCUUUCUUUUCUUUUUUUUUGUAUUGGUACAGGAUGCCAUCGUCCAACAAGAAAGAAAGAAGAGGAUCUUGGUUUAUGGGCUGGUUAUCAAACUGGAUGCAACGUAGCAAGACAAAUAGUAUGCGUUCAUCACCUUCUUUGUCACCAAGAGAGGACCUCAGCAAACAAGGAUCCAUGGAUACCCCCAGAAGUAGCAUUGCAGAACCUAUCGAUGUACCUAAAAAUUCUUCCAUUACGUUUAUGCCAACUGUCACAUUACCCCACCGACCCACCGUCGCCAACUCUUUAUCCUCAGAACGCCGAAACUCUCAACAAACCAUCGGUAGCUCGGUACUGUCAGACGACCAAUUCUCAUCCUCAUCAUGUCAUCGCCGUGAUAGCAAUGAACGCAAUGUGUUGAGUGAAUUAUGGUCAAAAGCACGCUCCCGCCACCCUCAUUAUCCGCGAUUUCACUGGCCACAUUAUCACCAUCGACGGACCAACCACAUUCACAGCCUCAGUAGCAGUCCGCGACGAUCCGAUGAAGUGGUGCUUGUAUUACCAGAUAACUCACUAGCUUCCAGUUACCAGGAUCAUCAACAUCGACGCCCACCUUCACUUAUGGCUCAGCACCGUCAUGGGAAACGCCACUCUAUCACCUCGCUUAUAUCAGGCGACAACACACCUGUGAGCGUGGGAUCCAGACCUGCUUCCAUCUUUUGUUCUCAACCAGCAUCGCCUAAUUUUGCCGCUUUGAUGAAAGACGGUCAUCUUUUCGAUUAUCAAGAUGACGAAGACAUCGAUCCGUAUUACCUGGAUGAACCUACCGAUCGCACCGACCGAUGGGUGGUCAAGCACGAAUUGGUCCACCUUGCCUUGGAUGGUCUAUUUUGUAGUCCGCUCGAUGUUACAGCCGACAAGCAUGUGUUACAUGUUGGAUGUGGAGAAGGAGGUUGGGGAAUAGAAAUGGCGCUCAGAUAUCCCAAAUGGAUCAUCGUGGGUAUCGAUGAUUACGAAGGAGGCCCUUCACCUAACCGUCGUAUCGUGCCCCGGAACUUCAAAUUCAUUCGUUGUUAUGAUACACUUUUGGAAGGCCUGAAAAGUUUGCCGGAUCAUGCGUUUGAUCUGGUGCAUUGUCGAUUUUUGAUCCUGUCCUAUUCAUUUGAACAGUAUCGUCAACUCGUCAAAGAAUGUUGGAGAGUAACCAAACCGGGUGGUUUUGUCGAAAUCAUUGAGAUGGAUAUGCGGAUUUACCACGGUCGUCCUCUUGUCGGCUCCGUCGCUCAAACUUUGAAUUCGGAAGUUAUUCAUGUGAUGGAAUCAAGGUCACUGGAUCCCCGGUUGGCGCGGCGGCUGCAUGAUUUGUUCGAUAUCAGCGUCAAAAGCAAUUACACAUCUUUACCGUUGGGUGUGUGGGGCGGUCGUUUGGGCGUUAUGUUCAGAGAUGAUGUACAUGAUCUUAUUGAUUCGUUUCAAACUGCUGUGGCGGAACUGAAGCAGACCGAAACGCGUGACGAUCAACAACUGGAGGCGGAGUUCGAGUUGAUGGAUGAAGAGAUGGAGUUGCAACGGGCAUUCAUGAACUUACACCAUUGUUUCGCACAAACGCCCCUGAAUGUCUAAACUUUAAGUUUUUUUUUUUUUCUUUCCACUGCAUGUUCAUCAGCCCAUUUGUCACUAUUCUAUUCUAACAUUGUAUUUCAUUUCCUUUUUGCAUUUAUUCCCAGCUAUUGCAUAUGUCUCUUCAUGUAUCUUUUCCCUCUCUAUUGUGGUCUUUCUUUUCAGUUUUUGACAAUUUCUUUUUUUGUCCUUUGCUCUUACAUUCUAUUUUCCCUUCUUUUUUUAUAUCUUAUAAUAUUUAUCUACAAUAUCAGUGUAAUAGUUGACAUUUUACACGCUUAUACCUCACAUUUCUCAGGAUCUCCUGCAUCUAUAUUGAUGACUUUUGCAAGGUCGUAAUUAUAAACUACAACUUUCUAC